GUACACCUCCCUUAAGUCCAAAGAAAUCACCUUAAAAAUGGCGCCGUAGCAGACGAAUUUCCGUUGUUUUCGCCUUUUUUUGAGCAAACUCCAUCCCAAAGAAUGGCAAGACGUUUCAUUAAUAGAGUUGAUUUACUCGACAGUCUUCAAAACUCUGAGUUGAUUGAACGCUAUCGUUUGGAUAGGCAAGGGAUUUUAUUUUUAAAUGACAAACUGACUCCUUUUAUUGGACCAACAAGCUUCAGGAACAAUAGUUUAAAUAGUAUUGAAAAGAUUUUGAUUGCUUUAAGAUAUUUUGCUACAUCUAGCAUUCAACUUAAUGAUGGAGAUAUCCAUGAGGUUUCGCAGCCUACAGUUUCAAGGGUCAUAUCCCAAGUUACUCAAGCUUUGACUGAGCCUGAAAUUGUACGACAAUUCAUCAGUGUUCCAACUGCUCCCGGAGAAAUCCGACAAAUAAAGGAAGACUUUUUCAAUAUUGCAAGGUUUCCAAAUGUAAUUGGCGUUAUCGAUGGGACGCAUGUCCAGAUUCAAGCCCCAGUUGUUGAUGAACCGGCGUAUGUGAAUCGGAUGGGUUACCAUUCCAUAAACACACAGAUCAUGUUUGAUGCCAAUUGUCUGAUUAGAGACAUUGUACCGCUGUGGCCUGGGGCUGUCCAUGAUGCCAGAAUCUUAAGGCAAAGUGGCCUAUUUCAAAUCAUGGAGCAGAAUGUUGUCGAUGACCAACAUCAAUAUCUACUUGGGGAUUCGGGAUAUCCGUGCAAGAGAUGGCUCCUCACUCCAUUUAUGAAUCCAGCUGAUGAGCACCAGCUGAUUUACAACCGGGCACACAAACGUACGAGAUCUGUGGUUGAGCGCUCCAUAGGGAUUUUGAAAAGGAGAUGGGCGAUUCUGCACAAUGAAAUUAGAUUGCAUCCAUUAAAGUCAUGCAAGGUGAUUUUGUCAUGUGCUGUAUUGCACAACAUAUGCAACAUGCGAAAUCUGCCAAUGGAUCCUUUGGACAUAGAUGCCUUACCAGAUCAUCCUGAAAAUUACCAUGGAAAUGAAGAUGGCCUUCGUUACAGGAAUGUAGUAGCAAAUACAUUUUUUUAGAUCAUAGGUGUCGUGAUCUGAGAAAACUAGGCAUAAUGCAUGUGCGUAAAGUGUCAUCCCAGAUUAGCCCAGAUAUUGCAGUCCACACAGAAUAAUCAGGGACUACACUUUACGCCUAAAUUGGAUUUUUGCUAAGAAGAGAUUUCAUUUAAACGAAAAAUGUAAAAGCGAGUGUGUGGACUGCACAGGCUUAUCUGGGACGUCACUUGACCCACAUGCAUUAUGCCCAGUUUUCUCAGAACGCAACUCAUAUUCACAUUGAAUAAGUCAUGUUUUCAGACCUGUUAAUUCAAAUGACUUGCAUUUUUAAUUGAAA